AUGUCCUCGCCCCAGAAGCUCCGCGUCGGCGUCAUUGGCGCCGGCGAAGUCGCCCAAGUCAUCCACCUCCCCGCCCUCGCCCUCCUCUCGCACCUCUACACCGUCACCGCCAUCUGCGACAUCUCGGCCACGACGGCGGCGCACUGCGCGGCCAAGUUCCACAUCGCGCAGCACACGACGUCGCCCGACGCCGUCUUCGCGUCGCCCGACGUGGACGUCGUCUUCGUGCUGACGGGCGACGAGUUCCACGCCGAGUACUGCGUGCGCGCGCUGCGGGCGGGCAAGCGCGUCUUCAUCGAGAAGCCGCUGACGCUGUCGCUGGCCGCGGCGCAGCGCAUCGUCGACGCGGACAAGAAGGGCGGGAACGUCUUUGUCGGGUAUAUGCGGAGGUACGCGCCGAGCUUCGUGCAGACUUUCCGCCGUGAGGUCGAGCAGCUGGGCGAAAUAUUGUAUGCGCGCGUGCGCGACUUCAGCGGGCCGAACAAGACGUUUGUGGACCAGAGCGGGACGUUCCAGCUGAAAGGGUACACGGCGGAUAUUCCACCGGAAGCGGGGAAGGAGCGCGAGAGGUUGAUGGCGCAGUUGCUGGAAGAGGCGUUUCCUGGUAAGGGCGUCAAGGUGGGCGACGAGCGCUACAGCAUGUGCCGCUUCCUCGGCAGCUUGGGCAGCCACGACAUCUCGCUCAUGCGCGAGGUGCUGGGCUUCCCGGAGAGGGUCGACGGCGUGAGCGCGAACCACCCGUUCUAUUCGGCGAUUCUGGCGUAUAAGAAUAAGGCGGAGUUGGGAGGCAAGCCGUUCGCCGUCACGUAUGAGAGCGGGAUUGAUGGCGUGCCGGAUUUUGACGCGCAUUUGGCGGUGUAUGGCAAGAACAAGCGCGUGGAGAUCAAGUACGAUUCGCCAUAUGUGAAGGGCUUGCCGAUCAAGGUCAAGACGGUGGGGGUGAACGAGCAUGGCGAGAUUGAGAGUAAGGAGGUGUUGGCGAGCUAUGAAGAUGCGUACACGGCAGAACUGCAGGAGAUGCACAAGUGCUUUACCGAAGGUGCACCUAUCAAGACGACGCCGGAGGAUGCUAUGGAUGACUUGAGGUUGUUUGACAUGAUUUACCGGAAGUAUGAUGAGUCGCUGAAGGCGUAG